AUGAGUAAAUUUAUGAGUAGUGCGGAACACAAUAGCUGGAUAGAUUUUCUUGCAACUCCACCAAAUAUGAUGGGAACCCCGCCAAGCCAACUGCCUGGGGAUCUCUUUUCUAAUUUUGAGCCGGCUCCAAGUCCGAUUCUUUUCGAGCCACCACUUCAAAAUUUUCUAAAUUCUUCAGCGCCUCAAAACGCUUCACCUCCAUCAACAAAGCAGACUUAUACACCUCAGCAGCAAUAUCCUGAGUAUGGAGAGCUAGAAAAUAGAACACUUGCUGUUUCAAAUGCCAAUCCCGAAACUACAGAGGAAGAAAUUAUGGCUGUAUUUAAUACUCAUAGAGGUGUUAAGCAAGUUGACAUGUCUAAAAUUUCCGAAGGCUAUUUCACCGUUGAAUAUUACGAUAUCAGAAGUGCCACCUCUUCGAAACUUUUAUAUAAUGGCUCAACCCUAAAAGGAAAAACAAUCAAUGUUUCAUAUGCACCUCUUCCUAUUAUUUUAGAUCCUAAGAAACCACCGAAUAACGGUACAAUUGUCAUCUUUCAUUUGCCAGCAGGAAUUACCGAUGAUCAAAUUAUAACUAUUUUCGGGCAGUUUGGUGAAAUUCGUCAGAUUCGCGGAACUCCUACGAAAACCCAACAAAGAUUUGUCGAGUAUUUUGACACUAGGCACGCUGAAGCUGCUUUAUUGUCAAUGAGCGGCAAAUAUGUUAUGGGUGCACGUGUUUCUAUUGAAUUUUCCCUGCCCGGUGGUUUCAGAAGAGGAAUCCAAAAAGUUGAAAAGAAUUGA